GACUAAGCGUUCGAUUCUCCGCUUAGUUGGUGAUGUAAACACGUGUCAAGUUUUGUAUUUUCGUGUAACGUCGUGAGAAUUUACAAUGGUGGGGCCUGCCAUAAGAUCGUCUAAAACAAACAAGGCGGAGGAAAAUGAGUCGCCUACUAAUAAGCGUUUGAGAAGGUCAGUAAAUAAAGAAGAGGACUUACCCGCUGCCCAGACCCCCAAAAAGGCUGUUGGUAGGCCUCCGAAAAAUAAAGAAGACUUAGCCGUAGUACCCGCUGCCCAGACCCCCAAAAGGGCUCCUGGUAGACCUCCGAAAAAUAAAGAAGACUUACCCGCUGCCCAGACUCCCAAAAAGGCUGCUGGUAAGCUUGCGGAAGUUUGCGAAAGUCCCUAUAAAGCAACGAGGGCUAGAGCAAGCAGGGAGCACAUUAGUCCACCAGUUUCAGAAAAUCUGUCAUCACCGAAGUCGGGAACAGUACGGUCGAAACAUUUGCUUGUGACACCUAUUCCACUUGUUCAACCUCAGACCCCAACCACUCGAUCUAAACGAGGUAGGCCUGUUGACAUACAAACACCACCAAGACGUUCAAGAAGAUUAUCAACGGAUUCCAUAGAAGUGGUACCAUUGGGCCAAACUAGCAAUGUUGAAACUCCCACCAAGAGACCAAGACGUUUGUCUACAGCUUUGGAUGAAACAGACUCCCCUCAGGUGCAGACACCAACUAGGCGUUCUAGACGACUGUCUACAGAGGGUAGCCAUGUUCCUGAGACAUUGCCACUAAAAGAAGAAAUUCUGACAAGAAGGAUCAGAAGACUCUCUACUGAAAUUAUUGAUUCUCCAAUUCCCCAAGGUGCAAGAACUCCAACUAGACGUUCAAGACGGUUGUCUACUGACUUCCUAGAUGAUGAUAUCACAGAUGAAAAAACUGUUCAGACUCCUACAAGGCGUUCAAGGAGGCUUUCCUCUGGUGACCAAGAUGUUUUGGCUGAUAGCUCAAGUACUAAGCCUCAGCAAAAUAGUUCUUUGAAGUCCUUGUCGUCAGUUGACCUCCCAGAUAAUAAAUACAGUGCAUCAUCUAGAAGAUCUAGACGACUAAGUGGAUCAGGGUUGAAUGAAAAGCCCCUGGAAGUUGUAGAAGAAGUUGAAAAGGAAGAUGACAAGGAGACUGAAAUUUUUUGCACUUCUAAAACUUUAAAACCAAAAGAUGAUAUUUUAGAAGUAAUAGUAGAAGAUGAAAAGGAAAAUGAAACUGUGCAGGAAUCAGAUCCAAAGGAUGAUAUAUUGGAAGUAAUAGUAGAAGAUGAAAAGGAAAAUGAAACUAAGCAGGAAUCUGCUCCAAAUGAUGAUAAAUUGGAAGUAAUAGUAGAAGGUGAAAAGGCAAAUGAAACUAAGCAGGAAUCUGCUCCAAAUGAUGAUAAAUUGGAAGUAAUAGUAGAAGAUGAAAAGGAAGCACCAAACACUUCAAAACCAAAAGUUGCUGACGAAGGAAAUGAACUCAUAAUAACCUUACCUGGAACAGUGCCAGAAAAGAAAUUAGAAAUCAUUACAGAAGAGAAAUUGGAUGAUGAUGAUAUAAUUUGUGUGGAAGAGCCAUGCCCAAGGUUGCAACUAGAAGAAGAUGAGGAAGUAAGAGUUUUAGAUAAAUGUGAUGAUGGAACAAAGACUAGUUCCUCGGCAGAAAGGUCACCCAUCUCUUCAUCACAAGAGAAAAUGGAAGUGAGUUCAUCGGUGAAAGUCACAACAGCAGUUGUGUCCCCUCCUGAAAAUGUCACAGUGACUUCCUCAAAGUCUGCAGAAUCAGAUUUGGUUGAUGUACUGUCAGAAGCUGUCACUAAUAAGUUGAAUGGGGAGCCAAAUGCAACUUUAAUUCAAGAUUCUGAGAAAAAUGAUGUUUCCAGUACCACAUCUACAGCAGACAAGAAGAACAAUGAGGAGAAGAAAUUAAACAGUAUACCUAAGGAAUCAAACAACAAUUCUUUACCAGCUAAAGCACCAGAUAUGAGAGGAAUGCCUGCCUCAGGACGUUGGUGGAAAGAGGAAAAGAAAAGAUUCAAUACAAUUUACAAGGAUCAAGGGGUAAGGUCAUCCUGGUCAGAAAAAAUGAAACGCAAGCAGCAGAUGAAGGACUUUUUAUCUGUGAAGAAUUCCAUCCAAGAAGCAAAGAAGAUGAAGAAAGCUGAACUUAGAGAGCGCCAGCGAUUGAAUGCAUUGCGCAGAGAAGAAAAUGCAAGAAAAUCUGAGAUUGUGCAAGUGAUUAAGGAUUCAAGAAAGAUUAAGAAAAUGAAGAGAAAACAGCUACGCUACAUAGAGACAAGAGACACCAGCAUGAUAAAGAAGUAGUUGGCAAAGCAUACAAAAAAGUUUAAUUGCUUCAUAUUUUAUGGCUAAAAAUAUUUCUAAUUUAUUAUACAUUGUAUAUGAAAACAGUACAGAACAAUGUCUUCUAUUCCUGUUCCAAGAAAAAGGAUAAAAUAAAAGCAGUGAUAAAAU